UGAGUUUGGCCAGCGAGACCAAAGCACAAACUUUAGGGUUCCUGUUCUUCUUCCACACUGAAUCGAAAAGGCUUCUCUUUCGAUCUCUGUAAACCAGCUAUGGAGCUUCGAGAUUUUCAAUCCACGUGAUGAUUUCCUUUGUAGAUCAUCAAUCUUGACGUUUUGCCUUCUCUUCUAUUAACGGAAACAGUUCCUUCUCUAUCACUCGGAAUGUUCGCAGGAGAUGGCGAAGAGGUUCGGUCGGUAAGAUCAGCUCCACAGGGACCUUCACGACGCUCUCGCAACCACCAAAUGUCAGAUGAGUUCCAAAGCGCUGUUCAAUCUAGCUACGACAAUGAUUUGAAAGACGAAACUCGAGACAAGCAUCGUGAGUUUACUUUCGCUAUGGAGACUCAGGUUGUGAAGAUAGGGAAGUCUCACAAAGAAGCUAGAAAAGGAACUCCGAGAUGGGUUCGUUUGGACGAAGAUGAUCAAGAUGAUCGUAAUGAGCUUACCCUUUUCUUGGCUGGACCAUCUGACUCUGAAAGGAAACAAAUUUCCACAAAUGGUGUGAAAGUAAAUCAGCUUCAAGAAGAAGUGCUACUGAUGAUUUCGGUGCUUGGAUUGCGGUUUCUGAUGAUGGGGUACUCCACAAAGCUUUGGCGAGCCAUUUGUCUGACCUCCAAGAAAAGUUCUCAGCUUCUCUGGCGUCUUGAACUAUAUGGAAAGCCUUAGAUCGUCAAGGAGACUCUGAUGCUGCAUUGUUACUUAUCCAAACUAACCAAGCAAGAUCUUCCAACGUAAGAUCAUUCACUCAUUUUGUUUUCAACCAUAUAUAAGCGACCACUGGAUAUUCCAUUUCAGUUAGAGGCCGGAAAAGAAGACUAGGAAGAGGUACAGCUUCUUCAGUGAGACCCCUUCGGUGAGCUUGCACGUUACCAUGGAAACAAAGCAUUUGGAUCAUGCUUGGUGCCACUGGAGUAUUGUCUUAUUUACAUUAAGUUAAGAAAAUAUGGGACCUUAGGCUUGCAAGAGAAGGAUCUCAGGCAGACAGUACUCACGUUACAACUGCAGUAAGUAAUGUUAGUGAAGGCUAUGUUACCAGGAAGCUUCAUGCUUUAGUUUUGUAAUAAGGUUUAGGAAGAUGAGUGAUUGAUUGUGUUAUGUAUGCUAUUCCUUUGCUUAUAGAGACAAAUAGGAGAAAGUGGCUUCAAGAUAACCUAGAAACAAGAAGAAAAAGAUAAGAUAAUCUGAGAAAAUGGGUCCGCAUCUGGAAGGACCAAAUAUAUUUCUCCUUAUUUUGGGUUUGGUUCUGAACAGUUUAGUGAUGUUCUGUCAUGGUGGCAGAACAAGUAGUUAUGUCAGGAGGUUAGAGGCAACGGUUGAUAUGCCGCGCUAUAGUGAUGUUUUUCGUGUUCCUCCUGGUUUCAAUGCACCGCAACAUGUACGUAUACACCUUUUCUUUCUAUAAUCGACAACCUCUUCUGAGUUUUGUUCCCCAAAAUAAUUAUAAUGAUUAAGUAUUAGUUUUUUUUGUUCUUUUUUGGUUAGGGUGCUGGUACAUCAAUUUAAUUUUUCGGUGGGUGUUAGAUUUUCUCUUUUUAAGUUUAACAUUAGAAGAGCCGGCCAUCCUGAAAUUUUAGAGAUUACAGUAAUUUAACUCUUGAAACCUAGGGGUUCAAAAUCUUAUUUAACUAUGCUAGAACCGGCUCUGAAUAUUAGGUGUGACGUUUUAUCUUUUUAAUAUUUGUUUCUUGAGCUACUUGGGUUAACUGUGUCAGUAGUUUUAUUGGUAUGUAUUCAGUUAGGUUUGUUAAGGUGUACAUAUUUUAGAUGAUGAAACGUUCCAAAAAGAAAAUGAUGAAUCGUUCAAUAUUUCUAUUUCAUAUUUAUCUAUGUGAAGCUAUGCAGCUCCUGGAUACGUGCAGACAGACCAUCUUCUGUUAAAGAGGGAUCUCUACGGUUUUGUUGUUGUGCUCAGCCAGAUCAUAACCCGACGUGGCGACGCCCGAACCAAUGAGAGAAGCAAACCUCACACUGAACCAAUGAUGGCUCCACAAUAACUAAGCAGCUGCAAGAGUAUGUAGUUUGGGUAGACUUGCUGAUCUUUGUUUAAAAAAAACGAUAACGAUUGGCCCAAGUUGAAGAUUGUAGCGAAAACUUGAUGAAGAUUAUCGAAGAAUCUGAGAGGGAGGAGGAGUUAGUGUUGGAGUACAAUUUUUCGUUUUCAAGUUUUUUUUGUUGUUCAAGUUUCAUACUAUAUAUAUAUAUCAAUUUAAGUCAAUUUAGUAUUUCGUGCAAAUAUUUGGUCUGAGGUCUGACAAAUAUAUCAAUGACGCUAUCACUUAAUAUAAUA